AUGGACAGGGAGGUGGCACUUGCGACGGUGCAGCGGAGCGGGUCGGUGCUGUGCUUGGGCGUGCCGGAGGGCACAGAGGUGGGACUCGACACGGAGCUCUGGGUCGUGGGUCCGCGCUUCAAGGGCAUCAAGAUGAUACCGCCCAACCAAGCCCACUUCUUUUACUACAGUCCUGGCGACAACAGUGGCUUGGGUGGUGGGCCGCCUCCGGGCCGUCGUGGCAGAUUCCUCUACCUGCGACCAACAGAGGUGGCCGUGUUCCGGUGGAGCGACGAGACAGAGGAUUUUGCGGAGCCCGACCGAGACGAAGCUGAGCGUCUGGCAGAAGGCGUGCGGCGGUUGGAAUUCGAUCAGUGGCUGGGACCCUAUCCCUUGGCCAACGCUGAGAAGUGGGCCUCUAUAUCGAGACACAUCACGCCGGCGGUGCUGCAGCGGCUGCAGCCGGUGGGGUACAGUGUGUGGUCCGAGAUGGCCACGCAGCGACGAAUCGAGGAGAAGGGCAAGGCCAAGGUCGGCGACGAGGCGUCGAGCGCCGGCUCUGCGGCUAUGGACACGCUCGGCCACAAGUCCUACUACACGGACAUUCCCAAACGGGCCAUACCGCCAGGAGCAGCACCCCACGAAGUCACGCGCUACAGCAUCGACAAGAGCUACACGCUGACCCUGCUUCUCGAAACCAAGUACGACAAUGAUGACGGACUGCUAUUGGGCGAACUCGAGUACAGUUUUGUGUGCUUCGUCAUGGGGCAGGAGUACGAGGGGUUUGAGCAGUGGAAGAAGCUGGUCAACCUCCUGUGCAGUUGCGAGGAGGCGCUGCUCACGCGUCCUCGGCUCUUCCACGAAUUCAUCGACGUGCUCCACAACCAGCUGCGACAGGCCCCGGUGGACCUCUUCAUGGACGAGCUGAUGGCCGACAGCUUCCUGAUGAGCUCGCUGAAGAGCUUCUUCGAGCUGACAGAGGACGAGCGACUCGACGCGGACCUGGCCCGGCGCGGACGCACCUUCAAGUCCUUCAUGGCCGACCACUUUCGCUUGGACCUCUCCGCCCUCGACGCCGACGACGAAGACGCCCCAACAGUGGUCGAGGACUGA